AUGGAGGCCGAGGGCCCCGAGAGCGACAGCACCAAGGAGUCCCUGGGCCGGCAUGCGUGCGAUCAAUGCCGUCUGCGAAAGAUCCGCUGCGACAAGCGGUCUCCCUGCUCCAACUGUCGGAGCUCCAAGAUCGUAUGCCGCUCGACCGGCGCUGGCCAGAAGCUCCCGGAGCCGCGGAAGCGCGUCCUGAUCUCAAGUCAAUAUGAGAAGAAAAUCGAUCUGAUCGAGGAACGGCUGGGGAAUAUUGAGCGUGUUCUUUAUGAGCUGAAAAAUAGUAGUAAGCGUCCGUCCGAGGCUUGCUAUCAGUCCACGCCUGUUUCCGGACAGCUGAGCCCUUCUGCUACGAAUCAUACCUCCAAUGCGGCCACGACCCUGGAUCAGCAUGAGGCUACCCCCGAGUUUGAGGGGAACUCGUCCAUGGCGGCCCAUUCUGCUUACGCGAGUGAAUUCCUCGAGACGGCCGUGUCGCGCAGCGCGCUCCCGAUGUCGACACCCAAGAUGAGCAUGGCGCUCGCUACGCUGAAGCACAUGGUCAAUAUGCAAGACCACAAGGCGCAGUCCCCGUCUCGCGAAGUCCGCUUUCCGAAUCAGAGGUCUAUCCCCGGCUCUGGACUGCGGGAUCUGACCAUGCCCCCGGUGCAGGUUGUUUUGUCACUCCUGCGCAGAUGCAAAGAACAACCCCAUUGCUUGCAGGCAUUUUGUCCUUUCCUCACGACGGACCGGCUUGUUGAAACAUGUCGCGAGGUGUACUUCGCCACAGAGGAUUACUCGGACGCCACGUUCAUUGUCGUGAACGGGGCUCUUUACUACAUGAUGUCCGAUCUGACCGUCAGCCUGCCGGAGAAAAAGUCAAGGGAAGAGUAUGGGAGGUACCUGAAGCUCUGUCAGGUCAAUCUCGAAACCGCCCUGGCUAAUCUGAGCCUGUUGAUGCCUGCGAAGAUUGAGAAUAUUGAAGCGCUUGCGUUGGGGGCCGUCUAUGCUAUCGAGAUGUCGAAGCCCUCGUUUGCUUUGACUUUAACAUCAAGUGCGGUUCGCCUGUGCCAAACGCUGGGGUAUCAUCGGUUUGUGGCCUUAAAGGACGAGAAAGACGCCCGAGGCAAUGCUCUGUUCUGGACAGUCUACUGCUUUGACAGGGCGGUGUCACUCCGACUUGGUCGCGCCUCAACUAUCCAAGACUACGAUAUUUCGUCGCCAGAAAUCAUGGACCUGACGGCUGUUGCUGAGCCGUACAGGACGAUAUACCCGUUGUGGAUCCAACUUGCUCGGAUUCAAGGCAAGGUGUAUGAACUGCUGUACAGCCCUACUGCGCUCGCGCAACCGGAAAACCAGAGAGCCUCACAUGCUCGUCAAUUAGCCUCUGAGAUGCAGCGGACGGUCAUGCAGCCAUUCGAGAAAAUCGCCUUCCCCCAAGAAAUUUCAAUAAUAGAUGAUGUUUUCUUCCGGUCCGACAAAGUCGCUCGCUUGUCCGUCCUAGCCCUGAUAUACAGAGCCAUCCCGCCCCAAGGGGCGCAGGGGACAUUCAUCCCCGAAUGCAUCGAUACCGCCCGAGAAGCCCUCGAGGUGCACGAGAAGUGCAUGGCAGACGUGAAAGAGAUGAACGAACAUAUCAAGAUCGCGUACUUCCACUGGACAAUCCUCUACGCGCCCUUCGUCCCCUUCAUUGUCAUAUUCUGCCAGGCCAUCGCGCUAUCAUCCUGGGACGACCUAGCCCGACUAGAAGACUUCGUGGCCUCGCUCCAGCCGAACUGCUUCCUCUCUGAAUCGAUCGCAAAACUCUACCAGCUGUGUCAGAUCCUCAGCAACGUCGCGCGGCUAUACAUGGAGGCGAAGGCACAGGUCCAGGCCAAGGAGGAUGGAAACCUCGCGUCCGUCGGCCAGGAAUUCGAUGUCUAUUUGAGUGCCCUUGGGUUGGCGCCUAUGGCGACUGAUGACGGCGAUGGCCAGUGGACUACACCCCUUCCUCCGGGGUCUGUGCCUGGAGAGAUAAGGGCAAUGGACGGCCAGGAUACCGGUCCCGGCGCGGCUAUACCGCAGACCACGCAGCUGGGGAACUGGUUCUCCGGGAACCAGCACAUGAUGGGCUUGCUUGAGGAGGACUUUUCGUUGUUUGACCCUUCGGCGUGGAUGUAGCUGGUAAGAUAUAUCCUACAAAAAUCCACUCUCAAGAGCAUAUGUCAAUAUCACACUAACAUCACCACCAGACCCCAGACCGCAGCCCUCAAUACCCAUUAAAUACACUUCCCCCCAUCAAUCACCAUCUCCGUCCCAUUGAUAAACCUCCCUUCCUCGCUCGCCAGAAACAGACACAUGUUCGCGACAUCAUCCACCUCCGUCAGCCUGCCCAG